AUGAAUUUUUUGGCGAAGACUGUUGCGUCUCUAUCUGGAGGAUUCUCAAGUAUUCCAUACAACUUUGGAGAUGUCAUAGUUACUGGAGUAGAGAACGAUAUCUAUUCCAAUUCUAUAUGGAAUGUCUAUAAGGGAACUUCCAAGUCCGAUAAGACUGUAAACUGUUCUAUUUUCAUGGUUGAUACCAAGUCUGUCACUGAUGAGCUAUUUGUUGAUAUGAUUGGAAACGCGUUCAAGUUCAGUAAGGUGUUGAAGUUGCCUGGAGUGCUGAAUGUUUUGCAUGCUUCCAACAAUGAUUCCCAUUAUUACAUUGUGACAGAACAGGCUAUCCCUUUGGACAAGUAUCUUUCCCAGAAUGAUCUCACAAGCGAACAACUAUUAUUUGGUCUUUACAAUAUAUCUGAGGCACUCAAAUUCAUCAACGUUGAAGGUGCGACUGCUCAUUGCAAUGUGAAUAGACAUUCAAUUUUUGUAACCGAAUCAGGUGAAUGGAAACUGUUUGGCUUCGAGUUGGCUACAAAUGCCCAGAAUAUUUCUACAUCCCUAGUCCCCAUGGGAUUUCGUCUCCCUUCAUUCAAGGAUACUCUAGCACCCCCAGAGUAUCUGAAAGAUAGUCAGACUUGUGUCCAGUCACUUUUGCAAGCUAUCAAGAUUGAUGCUUGGCAAUUAGGUGUACUGACGUAUGAGCUAUUUAAUGAUGUGAAAAUGACGGACAGUUCGUUGAUGAAUUCCUUUACAAAGAUUCCAAAAAACCUAGUUCCCUACUUAAGAAAAUUGCUUAGUCCUUCAGUUGCAAGUCGUUGCUCACCUCAACAGUUUUUUGAAGUUGGUACUUCAACUUUUUUUAAAUCUCCUCUGGUCGACAUGGUCAAGAUAUUGAACGAAUUUUCCUUAGCUGCUGACCACGAAAAGCUGGCCUUUUUUCAGAACCUCCAAACUGAAGAGAUUACCCCUCCAAAUGGAUUCUUGGAGAAUAAGGUGCUACCACAUCUUCUGACAUUUUUCAAACAGACAACCCAGGAAAAUAAACCAAUGUUGUUACAUUUAAUUCUCAAGCUCUCUCUAACUAUUCCCAAGGAACGGUUUACAGAUCAUAUAAAACCCGUUAUUUUGGAAAUGAUUCACGUCCCCGACAGAUCUAUAAGGAUGACUCUGUUGACAACAUUACCAUUAUAUGUAGAAAAAUUGGACAAGCAAGAUAUAAACAAUCGUUUUUUUGCGGCUUUUCUAACAGGUUUCAACGACUCUAACGUUGCCAUUAGAGAAGAGACGAUCAAAUCAUCAGUAUUACUAGCCCCAUUCUUGAAUGAGAGGCCCUUGAACAAUGAGCUGUUGAGGUAUUUAGCCAAGACGCAAAUGGAUGAAGCUGCCGAGAUCCGUUCAACCACGAUACUAUGUCUCAAUAAGAUAGCAUCCCACCUCAGUGUUGGAUCGAGGUCUAAUGUUCUAAUUAUUGCAUUUAGUAAGUCCAUUAGAGAUCCUCAUAUUCCCUCUAGACUGAACGCGUUGACGGCCUUUAAUGACAAUAUUGAUUUAUUUACCCCUGAGGAAUGCUGUUCUCGAGUUCUAUCUGCCAUUGCACCAUUAUUGUUAGAUAAGUUCUCUACUAUUAGAUCAGAAUGCGACAGGGUAUUCAAGUUGUACAUGGAAAAGAUUGAAAAGGCAGCAAAAGAAAUACCGGAUGACACAGACGAUGCGAUUGAACUUGUUAAUGAUGAGAUGAACAAACAAGAAAACCUCAAGGAACAGAUAGGUUCUUUCGGUGACUUUGGGUGGAGCGCUCUUACAAACAUCACCAACAAGAUAGGAGGCACACUCAAUGCAGAGGUAAACCAAGUUACUCCAGGACCCAGUCAGGCACAAACCCCCACACAAUCAUUUACCAAUCUCCCGUCACAGGUUUUACAACCUACGAUUUCAAAGGCCACCGAAGACGAUUCUUGGAACUUUGACAUGGAGAAGGAGCCAUCCUCUCAACGGUUCAACACUGAAGAAAAGCUUCCCCAGCAUAGAUCUAAACCAAUAACGUUAGGCAAGAAAUCUUUAAGUUUGAAAACACUCAGCCUAAAACCUAAUGCAAACACACCCAACACUAAAAUCUCCAACAAGAUGGACCAAAAUGCGUGGGAUGAUGACAAUGAUAAUUGGGAUAAUGAUUUCGAGUUUGGAGAUAAUAAUAUAGAGGGAGAAGAAGCAGAAGAAGACGAAGGUUGGGGAGAUCAAUGGUAA